AUCAAAGAGCUCCUCGCUAUCACCAGAUAUGGUGGUGGUGGUGUUGCGCGCCAAUUCCAAAAAGCUGCUGGCUCCAAUUCGGGAUAACUUCGGCAGGCAAAAAGUCCGGGGUGGGAGCUUGGGCUAUGAAAGGUGGUUGAAAGUGGGGCAUAAAGUUUAAAGUGGUCUGUGUGGGUCGUCGCGCCAAGAGGAGAGAGCAAGUAGGUAGGACUCGCGUCACCACUUUCCGAGCGCGUUUCCCUUUCACUUACCGAUAUCGAGUUUCUUUCUAGGCUUCGACGGUUGCUUACCAUUAGACACCCCCUUUUUGACAACGGCAGGGGCGAUUCAAACGGGUUUAAAUUGUUGCAUUUUUGAAAGGCAAAGGUGUUCUCUUUUUCGCUGGAUUUUCAAUUGGAAGGCUUUCUUGAGGGCAGAACGACCACAACCACCAUGCCUGAUAUUCGGUCGUUUUUUGUACCAAAGGGCGGUGCGGUGGCGGCGCCAUCGAAGCCUGCGCCCAAGAAGAAGGAGGAGGAGAAAAAGGGUCGCGGGAAAGCGAGAAAGGUCGUCGAGGACAGUGAUGAGGAUGAGGAGGUGGUAGAGGUGAAGAAGAGUACCAGAAGCACACCGAGGAAAAAGGCAGCGGCGCCGAUCGAAGCCAAGGGCACCGAAAUCUCGACAUCACAGUACUUUGCUUCCACCAAGGCCAAACCAGCUGCCACUACCACGUCGAGCACGCCAAAGAAGGCUGCCGCCAAACCCACGCCCGAGCUCCCUGUGCGCUCCAGCCCACGAUCCAAACCGGCCGCCAAGCCUGCCCCUGAGCCAAAGACGAAGAAGCCGGUCACCACCUACAAGAAGCACACCAUCCACGAUGACGACGCAUUUGUUGACGACGAGGACGAGGACGCGGGAGACGACAUCUUUGCCGCUGACGUCAGAGGUAACAAGAGAAAGAAGGAUGACUACGAAGAGGAGGAAAGCGAGGAGGAGCCACAACCCAAGCCCAAACGGAUUGCUUCCCGGUCUGUGAAGAAGGUCAAGGAUGAGUCUGAGGAGGACGAUCUCGAACCUGCGCCAAAGAAACCGGUCGCCAAGAAACCAGCUGCCUCUGCCGCGAGCAAGAAGCGAAAGUCACCAGUCACCGACAGCGAGGAGUCAGAGGAGGUGGUCAAAAAGAAGCCCGCUCCCAAGAAGGCUGCACCUGCGAAACCUCGCGCCACGAAAGCCAAAAAGGACGCUGAUGCUGAGCCGGAUGAUGUCAAGGACAUUCUUGCCAAUAUUCCGACGAUUCAGGCACCUGAUGCUCCCCCGAAGGACCCGAAUUGGAAGUUUGAUUUCAAGAACAAGGGCGGUGGCGGCAAUGCUGGUCCGGCUCCGUUGGCUGGUACUGUUGACAUUCCCGAAGGAGAGGAGGACUGCCUUGCCGGCAAGACAUUUGUCUUCACUGGGCUGCUCAAGACAAUAUCCCGUGAAGAUGGUCAAGCCCUGGUCAAACGAUAUGGCGGCAAGGUCACCGGCGCGCCAAGCAGCAAGACGGACUUUGUCGUCCUCGGUGACGACGCCGGCCCCAGCAAGCUCAGGAAGAUCAAGGAGCACAACAUCAAGACUAUUGACGAGGAAGGCCUGUUCUAUCUCAUCAAGACUAUGCCUGCUGGUGGCGGUGGUGGCAAGGGGUCUGAGGCCGCCAGAAAGAAGCGCGAGCAGGAGGAACAGAAAGCCAGAGAGGAAGCUGCUCGCAUGGAGGAGGAAGAAAAGAUCAAGCGAGCCGAGGCGACGAGGGCUGCCAAGGCUGCUGCUGCCGCCCGUGGAACCGCAGCUCCAGCUCCCCAGCCAACGGUACCCCUUACCCAACUCUGGACAUCAAAAUACGCUCCUACUGCCCUCAACCAGAUUUGCGGCAACAAGGCCAACGUAGAGAGGAUCCAGGGUUGGCUUAAGAAUUGGCCCAAGCACAAAAAGUACGACUUUCAAAAGAGGGGUGCUGAUGGCAUGGGUGGUUACCGAGCAGUCAUCAUCUCUGGCCCGCCAGGUAUUGGCAAAACUACUUCGGCCCACCUCGCCGCCAAGCUGGAGGGGUACGAUGUCAUUGAGAGCAAUGCUUCCGACAGCCGCAGCAAAAAGCUUGUUGAGAACGGGGUCAUGGAGGUUGUCAACAACACCUCGUUGUUGGGCUACUUUGCUGGCGAUGGCAAAACUGCGGAUGCGGCCAAGAAGAAGAUCGUUCUGGUCAUGGACGAGGUGGAUGGUAUGUCUGCUGGUGAUCGUGGCGGUGUUGGUGCGCUGGCCAAACUCUGCAAGAAGACUGAGGUGCCCAUGAUCCUCAUUUGCAACGACCGCCGUCUGCCAAAGAUGAAGCCGUUUGAUCACGUUGCUUUCGACAUCAAGUUCCAACGUCCGACUGUUGAUCAGAUUCGCUCUCGUGUCAUGACCAUCUGCCACAGAGAAGGUCUGAAGAUGCCUCUUCCGGUCGUCAACGCCUUGAUUGAGGGCAGCGGGAAGGACAUCCGGCAGAUCAUCAACAUGCUGGCCACGGCGAAACUUGACCAGACCACGAUGGACUUUGAUCAGACCAAGGCGAUGGCCAAGGCCUGGGAGAAGCACGUCAUCUUGAAGCCAUGGGACAUUUGCCAAAAGAUUAUUGGCGGUGGCAUGUUUAGCUCUGCCAGCAAGGCGACCUUGAACGACAAGAUUGAGCUGUACUUCAACGACCACGAGUUCAGCUACCUGAUGGUGCAGGAGAACUACCUACGCGCCAAGCCCAAUGCUAUAGGGGGCGUGGGCAUGCAUCCAAAGGAGCAGAACCUGAAGCAUCUUGAGCUGGUCGACAUGGCGGCUGAGAGUAUCAGCGAUGGCGAUCUGGUUGACCGGAUGAUCCACGGUCCCCAGCAGCACUGGUCUCUGAUGCCUACUCAUGCCGUCUUCAGCACCGUCAAGCCGGCCUCCUACAUUGCCGGCCAGUUCGGCGUUCAGCCCACGUUUACAUCUUGGCUGGGCAACAACAGCAAGUACGGCAAGCUGUCCCGCUACGUCCGUGAGAUUCACUCCCACAUGCGUCUCAAGUCUUCUGGCGAUCAUAAUGAGAUUCGCCAGCAGUACUUGCCUGUGCUGUGGCGCCAGCUCGUGAAGAAGCUGGAGCUGGAAGGCAAGGAGGCGGUGGAGGAUGUGAUUGAGCUGAUGGAUAGCUACUACUUGACGAGGGAAGACUUUGACUUUAUCAAGGAGCUGGGAGUGGGUGAGCAGGACGAAGAGAAGGUGAAUAUCGACACGCAGACAAAAUCGGCGUUUACGAGGAUAUACAACCAAGCCUCCCACCCUGUCCCCUUUAUGCGGGCGACCAACCUCCCUGCUCAAGCCAAGAAGAUGAGCCGUGACGUGCCUGACUUGGAGGAGGCGAUUGAGGAGGAGGACGAUGACGAGGCGGCUGUUGCGGAGCCGGUGGACGAUGAAGAGGAGGAGUUGGACUUGAGCAAGGACAAGUAUGUCAAGGCGUCCAAGAAGAAGGCUGCUCCGAAGAAGGCUGCUGCGCCGAAGAAGACGGCGGCGGCGAAGAAGAAGGCGGCAGCGGCGGUGGUGAUGGAUGAUGAUGAGGCUGAGGAGGAGGAUGUGCCGGUCAGGGUCAAGGCUAAGCCGGCUGCGAAGCCUGGGGGACGGCCUAAGAAGGCUUGAUCGUGGGAUAAGAGUAGUUUUUGGGCAGUUGACAGGGUUAUGUUUUUGGGAUUUUGGUACAGUGCAGAAACGACAGGCCGCCGUGGUGGUGUUAUCUGGCGUAUUUUUAGGUGUAUAUCUUUGCCAUGGUAUGGGAUUUGGAGGAACAUGGCAUAUAGAUAACUCAGCUUUGGCCAUUGUCAUACACUUUUGAGUUUAUCACUAUCCUUUCCCCUUUCUGGUUUACCAAUAUUUCAGUUUGUC